UAUUCAUUAAUGAGCAAAAGACAAUAUUACCCUUAUCUUUAUCUUCUCCUCAAUCAUCGAUUUCUUCAUCUUUCUCUUUCUGCGAUCGAUCUUUUCCUUCGUCGGUGGACUAAGGUGCUCCGUCGAAUCAAAAGUAGCUGGAUCGUAAUUGGUUAGAGAUUUCUCCGAUCAUUUCUUUUUCGUCUUCAGCUUUUGUUUUGGUUUUCUGAAACUCCGGUGAUAGCCGAUGCGAGGAAUAUCACCGAUGCGAGAAAUGAGUGAUGAUUUCGAGUUUUGAGAUAACCUGAUUGAUAACGGGUCAAGUGUCUCCUCUUCAGAAUGAGGUUUAGCUAACUCGACUCAGAUUGAUUCCAAAACUAUGAUAUCUGCAUCUUCUAGAGUGAUGAUAAGUGCAGGAUCAGUGGGAACAAGAGCAACAUAUGACGAGCCAUAUGACUCUGAUGGUGAGGAGACAGCUGACACUGAAUGGGACGAGAAGGGACGCAACAUCAUCUCUCACAUAUACGUUUCUUACAGAAACUUCAUAACAUCUAUUCAGUUUGGUUACUUGAAUAGCGAAGAAGAUGAAGCUCUGACCCUCUCUACGAAGUUUGGUCCCUCUGAGGGACACAGCUUUCGAGCUGUCAUACUGAAACAAGAUGAAUAUGUGACUGGACUGAGUGGAGUACAUGGAUAUGGAAUGCGUGAUGGAAUAAAAAGUUUGACAUUUCACACUAACUGUGGGGAGCACGGACCGAUUGGAAGUGUGAAUGAUAACUCUGCGAUUGGUUUCAAGAUAGAUAUUGAUCCAGGAAUACGUGAUAGACGUGAGUUUGGUGGUUUCUUCGGGUCUUACAGUAAGAAUAAUCUUUCAUCGGUUGGUAUCUAUGUGAGCCCCAUUGCUAGGUAUGACAUGGUGGCUAAGCGUGAAAACAUUGGACCCUCCAAGACUUUGUAGCAGCCUUCAACAGUAGUUGUCUGGUUCAGUUUGUUGUUUAGUUUUCUCUGAAAUAAAGUAUAAUUCAUUUAUAAGAGUUUA